UAGAUAAAUUUCAUUUUGAAUCUACCCGUGUUAACUAUAGUGAAUGGAUAAUAAUUAAAUAAGUCAACAUGAGAAUUUUUAUUCUUUUUGUAUUCCUUGGAUAUGCAUAUGGAGCACCAUCCCGGGCCGAGGGGGUCGCGCUGUGUGAAGUGUGCCAUCUUCUGGUCGGGGAGGUACAGGACCUCGUGCUCCAAGGACAAACACAGUCUGUGAUUGGCGACUAUGUUAGCGAUAUCUGCAACCGGUUGCCUUCCACCGAGAAGGACGUCUGUAACACCUUCCUGUCCACCAACACCGGACUCCUCGUCGACAAGCUCGUCUCAGACCUGACUCCACACCAGUUUUGCGGUCAACUUCCUGAAGUGUGUCCACCACAGCAGGCAGAAGAGGCGGAAGAGUCUGUAGGGGGCCCACUGGAAUGUGAGCUAUGUAAGCUGGCGGUUCUGGGCAUCGACAAGCUCAUCGGGCAGAACCGUUCGUCGACGGCCAUUAACGCCACGCUCGAGAAAUUCUGUGACAGCCUGCCAGACGAACUUGGAAAACUGUGUAAGCAGAUCGAGCCUGCAAUCCUCAAGGGCAUCACGCAAGGGUUCGACCCCGAUACUGCCUGCAAAUUUGCCGCUCUUUGCGCUGCUCCAAGACCUGGCGAUAUAGUAAAUCUGUCGUGCGAUUUAUGUAAUACAGUCUUGGACGCUAUUGGGGUUUCGGAUACGGAGAGUAUCUGCGCCGUUCAAAAAACCUGCAUACUUGAGGCGGAGAAAAUCAGACGGGAAUUGGAAAAACAGGAUGAAGUGCAAGAUACACUGGAGUGUCAGCUCUGCAAGUUUCUCGUUCAAGCCAUUGACACACUACUGGGAGAGAACAGGACGGCGGCUGAGGUGAACAAAACUCUCACACAGUUCUGUAACGACCUGCCCGGGGAACUCAAGGACUCGUGCAUCAGCGCCCUGCCAGAUAUUUUGAAGGCAAUUCUUGGCGGGAUUGAGCCAGCAAAAGCCUGCGACUUUGUUAAAAUUUGCAAUGAUGCGGGAACAAUACCGGUGACAAACGACUACAUACCAUGUGAUGUUUGUGUGCCUACAAUGGAAGCAUUGGCUGGCGAGACAGGUAUCAGCAUAUGCCAUCAGUUCGAAUUCGUGUGUGGGGAAGAGGAGGCGAAACUAGCUAUCGAACAGGCUCCUGCUACCCCUGAUGAGACGCCUUAUUGCGAUAUAUGUCAGUUCCUUGUCAAGUCUGUGGUGAACCUGGUGGGGACUGAGCGCUCAAUGGAAUCGGUGGCCAACGCAGUGGACACGGUGUGCUCUAACAUGCCUGCCGUCGGCAGAGACCUGUGUGGGAAAUUCGAGGAUACCUUGGUCGAGCAGAUUGCCAGCGGUAUGGACGACCCGCUCGAGGGCUGCACACUCCUGGCUGUAUGUUCAGGCCAUGAACGAGACAUUUCAAAAGCACCUGUCGAACAUACAAAGACCAACCUUAAGGCCACCCCGGAAUGUGAAUUGUGCCAAUUCAUCAUAAACGUCCUUGACCAGUUUGUGACCACGAACCAGAGUGUUCAGCAAAUCAACGAGACCCUGUACAACCUUUGUGACAAGCUCCCCAGAGACUACCAGACCACUUGCUUCCGGCUUGUACAACAAAUUGAUGUUGUGGUGGCUUCUGGACUUGACCCAGACAAAUCGUGUGAAGCUGUCAAGCUAUGCGAUGACUCUGCAGAAUCAUUAACCGCCAACGAGGGACUCUGUGAAACAUGCUCUCUUCUUGUUGAACUUCUUCCUGAAGAACAAGCUUUAAAGAUUAAAAAUAAUGUAUGCCACAAAGUAUGCCCAAACAGAGUAAGGCGCUCCAUAGAGAAAGAGAUGGCAAUGAUGCUCCCAAAGUUCGGUUCGGGAGGCCCAGCAGAGUGCGAGUUGUGUCAUGUGGCAAUUAGAUCGAUUGACGAACUCAUAGCUGAAAACAAAUCCGUGUCAGAGAUUAAUAAAACUGUGACGGAAGUCUGCGAGCGGCUUACAGGGAUUCAGCUACAACAGCAGUGUAUGAAAGUGGUGCCAACAUUAGUUAAAACUCUGAAAACCGGCCUCGACCCUAUUAAAAUAUGCAAAAGCUUGAACCUAUGUACAGAGGAAAACAAAAGAAGCAGAUCUAAGCUGUUGAAAAAGAAGAUCCAUAAACGUUCAACCGCCGAUGGGAAUUUGAAAGACAUUAAGUGCGAUAUUUGUAAGGGGAUCAUAGAAGAACUGGAUUCAGUUUUGGAAAAGAAUGCCACGAUAGAAAAGAUAAAUGAAACCUUGUACCAGACAUGCGACAAACUUCCAGGGGCGAUCAACGAUUUGUGUCUGCAGUUUGCUCCCCAAAUAAUAUCGGCGAUAGAGCAGGGAGUAGACCCUACGGAUGCAUGUAGCAAAAUAGGAGUCUGCACAAGCUUAGACGACAUUAAACCCAUCGAACAACCGGUUGGCGAUAUUAAAUGUGACAUUUGUGAGCUUAUUAUUAACGCGCUGGACAAACUCGCUGGACAGAACGCCACGGAUGAGAAAAUUAACGCCACAAUCUACGCUUUAUGUGGAGAGCUGCCUGGAGCGGCACAAGUAUUUUGCCAAAAUGUUGCCCCUACGAUUGUCAAAGCAAUCGAACAAGGAGUGGAUCCGCAAGCAGCUUGUGCAGCUUUAAACUUGUGUUCGUCGGGUAAGACAAAUGUUACUGCGAGUUUUUAACGUUUUACAAAGAAUGUCGGUGAUCUAAAGUGUAACAUAUGUGAACUUUUGGUUCAAGAGUUGGAAAAACUAAUUGGCGCUAAUGCAACCGAUGAGAAAAUUAAUGCCACCAUCUACGGCUUAUGUGACCAACUACCCGGGACAGCCGCGUCUUUUUGUCAACUUAUUGCACCAACGAUUGUGAAAGAACUCGAGAAGGGCGGCGACCCACAAAAGACGUGUUCUGAUGUGAAACUUUGUUCAGCAGACAUUAGACCCAUCGAACAACCGGUUGGCGAUAUUAAAUGUGACAUUUGUGAGCUUAUUAUUAACGCGCUGGACAAACUCGCUGGACAGAACGCCACGGAUGAGAAAAUUAACGCCACAAUCUACGCUUUAUGUGGCGAGCUGCCUGGAGCGGCACAAAUAUUUUGCCAAAAUGUUGCCCCUACGAUUGUCAAAGCAAUCGAACAAGGAGUGGAUCCACAAGCAGCUUGUGCAGCUUUAAAGUUGUGUUCCACAGCUGUUCUAAGACCUACCGUUCAGUUGACAAAGGAGGUCGGUGAUGUAAAGUGCGACAUCUGUGAGCUUUUGGUCCAAGAGUUGGAAAAACUUAUUGGCGCUAAUGCAACCGAUGAGAAAAUUAAUGCCACCAUCUACGGCUUAUGUGACCAGCUACCCGGGGCAGCUGCAUCUUUUUGUCAACUUAUUGCACCAACGAUCGUGAAAGAACUCGAGAAGGGUGGCGACCCACAAAAGACUUGUUCUGAUGUUAAACUUUGUUCAGCAGCUAUUCCAAAAGCGAGUUCUGUGCGAAUUUCGAAUGCUGUUGAUGUAAAGUGCGAUAUAUGUGAAUUCGUUAUUAAUGAAUUUGACAAAGUUCUCGCAGAUAAUGGCACUGAUAUAAAAAUAAACGCAACAAUUUUCGCAGCGUGUGACAAGCUGAAUGGAACUGCAGCUAUAUUUUGCAAGCUGAUUGCACCCAGUGUAGUGAAGGCACUCGAGGACGGAAUCAAACCACAGGUGGCGUGCAAGGCUGUAAAACUAUGCCCCUCUUCUUUUCGAAAACCUACCGUUCAGUUGUCCAAAAAUGUCGGUGAUAUAAAGUGCGACAUCUGUGAACGUUUGGUUCAAGAGUUGGAAAAACUUAUUGGCGCUAAUGCAACCGAUGAGAAAAUCAAUGCCACCAUCUACGGCUUAUGUGAUCAGCUACCCGGGGCAGCCGCGUCUUUUUGUCAACUUAUUGCACCAACGAUCGUGAAAGAACUCGAGAAGGGUGGCGACCCACAAAAGACCUGUUCUGAUGUUAAACUUUGUUCAGCAGCUAUUCCAAAAGCGAGUUCUGUGCGAAUUUCGAAUGCUGUUGAUGUAAAGUGCGAUAUAUGUGAAUUCGUCAUUAAUGAAUUUGACAAAGUUCUCGCAGAUAAUGGCACUGAUAUAAAAAUAAACGCAACAAUUUUUGCUGCGUGUGACAAGCUGGAUGGAGCUGCAGCUAUAUUUUGCAAGCUGAUUGCACCCAAUGUAGUGAAUGCAAUCGAGCAGGGGAUAAGUACAAAGGAGGCGUGCAAGGCAACAAAACUAUGCCCCUCUUUUUCCGGCCCACCUCCUUCGAACGACUUAAAGUGUGAACUCUGCGAGAUGAUAGUGUUGAAAGUUGACAAUUUCGUCGGGCAGAACGCUUCUGACGAAAAAAUAAAUCAGACAGUGUACAAAGUAUGCCAAGAACUCAGUGGCACAAUGCAGACUUUUUGCCUUUUGGUAGCCCCGACAGUCAUCAAAGAAAUAGAAAUGGGAGCUAAACCUGACCAAGCCUGUGCACAGCUGAAGCUCUGUGGCAAUCACAAUGACACCAGAGCAAUAGUCCAAAAGCCAACGAUCACAAAAGAACUCCACCUAAGCUGCGCGGUUUGUGCGAGAGCCCUGGAGCCUGUCAUUUCAGAUAUCACAGGCGACUAUGCAAAGAUACAAAAUGUCGCUCAGAAUAUCUGCAACAAUUUACCGGCGAUUUACAGAAGUCAGUGUAUGACAUUGGCGAACGACGAGCACGGCUACAUGUGGAAACCUUUCUUUGAGCGCUACACACCCAAGAUGCUGUGUGAGUUGGCAGAAUGUACUGGCAACCCCCCGGGAAAUCUUUCCUAGAGCCAGCUGGAAGGAACGUAGCUGAUUAUAUAGAACAAUAUUCUAUAAACAACAUUGUAGUUGUGUCUGUAUUUUAAGAUAAUGCAGCUGUUUGAAAGAUAUUAUAUAAAUAUUAUCCAUUAUUUAGACAUGACAUUCUUGUUGCUUGAAUUGCACUUUUUCUACAAGUUUUGUGAUAUCGAUAUAUUGUUUUUCUAUUUCUUUGUUUUUUAAUGAUGAUGGUUAUAUCUGAUCGAAAAAUAACUAUAUUCAAUUUGGAGCGAAUAGAAUGCAAAUCUGUAUGUUUUAUUGAUAUCAAAGGUAUAAUAAAGUAUAAACAAACAGUAUUUUUCUGCGGAGUGGCAAGUGGUACAUGCAUCGGCAGCUAAGAGUCAAUUUCUGUUCGAUAACAAUGCUAAGCUGGUUAAACAAAUUAAGGAUAGACAUAUUUGAUAUUACGGGCAAAGCAGAAUUUAUCUUGACCAUACAAUAAACGUGAAAUGGAUCGGAAAAUAAACAAAUAGUGAAUUGAUUUAUCAGUACACGCGGCUGAUGUAUGUUUGACUAGCCUUAGUUGUAUCGGAGUGAACCCAAAUCUCAUUGAGUAAUGAAAUAUGUUUAUUUACAUAAAAUAGUCCAUGAAAAUUAAAUGAUCCUGUUGUUGAAUUGAAAUACGGACUUAAAUCGCUCGAAGAAACGAAUAUUUUUUGUAUAAAUAAUUCAAAUUUGUGAACAAUAUUUUCGUGAGCUUGGGUGAGCACAAGGCGUGUUUUGGAAUCCAUGGACUACUGUGAUUGAAUAACUCCUCUUGAUGCUAAGAGGACAUAUGUCUGCGAUGUGAAAAGAAACCGUCGCAUCUUUUAUGACGAAAGGACAGUGGAAACACCAAUCGUUGGGUGUAACCCAAAUAAUUAUAGUGUAAUUUUCAAGGAAGGCUGGAAAUUCGAAUUGUGAUGAAGUGUUACAAAACUGUUCAAGUUGUAUCAUCGUAUCUAGGUAUUUCUAACUGUAACUCAGGAAGGUUAGGUUUAAGAGACUUGCAGUUGAAAAUGACUUGAUUAUCGGAUUCCUGAUAUAUCUGAAGGAAAGAGUCUACAAAAAUAGUGUCCGUGUUGCUAAAAACCACAAUCACCUAAAACAACAACAACAACGACAUCAACAACAGUAUUAGUGCAAUAAU